UAUAUUAAAACAUAACACGUCUUAGAUCGACAGAAAAAGUGUGAAGAGGUGGAAAAUAUAUCUCACGUAGCCCAUACUAAUUAGGUAAUGACUAAACCAAGUUUAAUAUGAAGCGUCGUCUUAAUUGAGUUCCAAAACACUUGACGUACCCAAAUCGUGACUGUCACUGGCAUUGGCAGGGCCAAGUAAUAGUGAAUCGUGAGAAAAAAGACUUGGGCAAUACCCUAGGUAUUCCCAGCGCGAAUGACUCGAGGUACCAGACACGAAUUUGGCCCUGGUCAGCUCAACUACCUAGACCGUAGCUACCUAGUAGUCUAAUAUACCUAGGCAUGUAAUGAAAGGGGAUGAAGGGCUGGUACUAUCUCCCCAACCCACUUGUUUUGUACAUGAGAUUAGAGGACGUCCACCUAUAGCCUAAGUGUGGGAUAGCUCAAGGCUGCAAAGUACCAUGGCUUGGGCAAGCAACACCAACCCUUCAAAUGGCACUUUUUCUCGCCUUCGAAACAUGCGGGACACUGACUUAAGCUCAUCAGAAGAAUGUCUUGUUUUUAAUGGAGGGGAAUGUACUGAGAAUGGCGAGGCAUGUAAUCUUUCAGUUUCUGUGUCAUCAUCAAGUUUGCCCUCUAACCAUCAGCCAAACAUUGCUCAUUCAACAAGUGGGUCAUUACCAUCAGGAAGCUCUUCCGAUGGCAGUACCUCUGCCCCUCCACCAUCUCCAGCAACCCCUCCAGCUCAUGUUAGUCCAGUGUCUGUUAGGGGAAGUGAGCAAACAGUGCCAAUAUCAUCAGCUAAUUCUUCAAUACCACAAAAUCCCACACACAGUCCACCAGCACACCCUAAUGUGAGCAGUUGCAAAGCAACAUUUCCUGGUGUGAGGCCACUUUCACCCCCUGUUCGUCCACCACACCCAAAUGCCAUGGGUCUCCCCCCAAUUCCUCCUGCAAGCCUUUCGCCUGCAUCUAACCUCAGUUUUCCAUCACCAUGUCUUCCUGUGGGUCCUCCUGUUUCCUCACCACCUUCUUCUCUUCCCCCUGCACCACCCAGUCCUAAUGUGACAAUGCUAGCCCCAUCUGCUAACAAUCAGACAUCACCUGUCUCAGUUUCUGUCACAACCACCACAUCUAAUGCUACCCCAGGAGGCCAAGUCUGGAAUGUUCCUUCUGCUGCUACUGUGAAUAGUAGCAGCUCGUCUGUGCCAACUAGUAGCAACAUCGUUAUUUCUGCAAAUAAUGUUUCAUCGUCUAACACUGUCAAUAAUGCAGGACCUAUGUAUAAUUGGCAGGCUACAAUGACAACAGUCAAAGAACGAUUUGCCUUUUUAUUCAACAAUGAAAUCUUGAGUGAUGUCCACUUCUUAGUUGGUAAAGGAGAUUCUAGGCAACGAAUACCAGCCCACAAGUUUGUUCUGGCUGUUGGGAGUGCAGUUUUUGAUGCAAUGUUCAAUGGACAGCUUAGCACUCGACAAGAAGAAAUCGAAUUGCCUGAUGUUGAACCUCAGGCUUUCCUUGCACUGUUGAGGUUUUUGUAUAGUGAUGAAGUGCAAAUUGGUCCUGAAACUGUGAUGACUGUGUUGUAUACUGCCAAGAAGUAUGCUGUACCUGCUCUUGAACAAGCUUGUGUUGAUUUUCUUAAGCGAAAUCUGUCUUCUGAUAAUGCAUUUAUGCUCCUUACUCAGGCACGAUUGUUUGAUGAACCACAGUUAGCAGCCCUUUGCUUGGAAACAAUUGAUAAAAAUACUGCAGAUUCUUUGUCAGCAGAGGGCUUUACUGAUAUAGACAGCAACACUUUGUGUAUGGUGCUGGAAAGAGAUACACUUCGUAUCAGAGAGGCAAAACUUUUUCAGGCAACAGUAAGAUGGUCUGAGGCUGAAUGUGAACGAGAAGGCUUACCAGUAACAAGUAGUAAUCAGCGAACGGUGCUAGGGAGGGCACUUUCUUUGGUGCGCUUUCCUCUUAUGACGAUUGAAGAAUUUGCUCAGGGUCCUGCUCAGUCUGGUAUUUUAACUGAUCGGGAAGUCGUUCAACUUUUCUUACAUUUUACUGUAAAUCCCAAGCCCCCAGUAAACUUCUUAGAUGUUCCAAGAUGUUGUAUGACAGGGAAAGAACAAAUUAUGUGUCGUUUCCAGCAAACUGAAUCUCGAUGGGGAUAUUCAGGCACAAGUGAUAGAAUAAGAUUUAUAGUUGAUCGUCGUAUUUUUGUUGUUGGAUUUGGAAUGUAUGGUUCAAUUCAUGGCCCUUCUGAAUAUGAAAUCACCAUUCAGAUCAUUCAUACUGCAACAGGGAAGGUCUGUGCCAGUAAUGACACAAAUUUUACCUCUGAUGGCACCGUGAAUACAUUUAGAGUCAUGUUUAAAGAGCCUGUUGAGGUGUUGCCUAAUACUAACUACACUGCUUAUGCUACACUGAAGGGCCCAGAUUCUCACUAUGGAACAAAAGGAGUUCGUAAAGUUACAGUGGAGUGUCCUUCAGGGGAUCGUGUGACCUUUCAUUUUACUUAUGCAGCUGGUAAUAAUAAUGGAACUUCUGUUGAAGAUGGACAGAUACCAGAAAUUAUAUUUCACACAUGAAUGGUAUAGCAAUUAUUCUCUUAAUGUGACAAAAUAAUCAAAAUGUUUCCUUCAUUAAAUAAAUAGUGAUAUUUAAAAAUCUUGGAAUAACAGUUUUAAAAGACAAAUGGCCUCAAACCAUAAUGUUCACUGUCAUGGAGUCUGUAGAUGUUGCCAUUUCUAAUAAUUAAGAUAAAAAAAUGAGAAGCAAGACUAGUAUAGAGUUUAGUUUGAAAUCAGAUGGUAACUGUCAGUCAUGAACACAAGGACUCUGUUCUCUUAUCACCAUCAAAAUGGUUGUUUGUCUAGAACGUAAUACAUCUUAUUUGUGAAUUCAGUGAAAUUGAUAGUUUGGGUACUGAUGAGAAUGAAAACUUAAAAGGAUAAAUCUUAGUUUGGUAUAAGUUUCAGUACAAAGCUAUUUAAGGAGGCAGUGUUGGAAGGACUACAGAAAGAUUGUUAUGCAUUAUUAAGUUAUAUUUUUUGUGUAUGCAUAUAAAAGUAGGUAUAAAAAUAAUGGGAUUACAUGUGUGUGAAAAUAUGAAGGUGACUUUAGGCAGAUAUAACAAGGAGACCAACACUGCAUAUUAAUGAUUAAAUCUUGCAUAUCCAGAUCUGAAUGUCUUUUGUGUUGUGCAGAUAUCACUUAUCCUUAGUUCCCAUAUGACCCCAUAGGUUUUUGGCUGUUGAAAUGUAUACAUAUUCAUGUUCAGAUAGAAAGUUUUCUGUUCUCUUGAUUGCUCUUUUUGAUUUGUAAAUAGUUUCAUACUUCACAGACGUUGAUUGUUAUAUGGAAUACAAGUUUAUUUAUUACAUUUUCAAGGUAGAUGCUUUAUGGUGCAUGUACUUAUGGCUUUUCAAAGUUCCCCUCAGUUGCAAGGAACUUGUAUAUAUACUGUAUAAGUAUACAGUAAAUUUCCAUUUUUCCAAACUGAUGUUAUAUUCUUAUGGAUAUUUAUACGUGAAACCAGGUACACUGUAAUAUAGUGGAAAACUAAGUAUAUAUUCUUAAAAUGCACACUAUAAUAGUAUCCCCAUCACCAUUCACAUUGUGCAGUGGAAUUUGUGAUAGAAAAUGUUUUUAGUUCACAAUUAUAUUCUUUUUCCUAAUCAUAGAGUUUGACUAAGUGUUAGUGGUAUCAAUCAAAAUUGGUAGAGAAUUCUAAAAAGGAAAUAAGUAAACAUCAAAAGCUUAUGUAAGUCACUAUGGAGUUUAUGUAAGUUAAAGAAUAAAUUAGAAACAUCCCUGGAGGUUGUUCCAAACUCAUUCAUGGCCAACCCUAUGCAUUUGAGAUUUUUCCAGUAACCCUUUUUGCAAGCGAUUUCAGCACUAGUUUCUGUGUGUAACCUUUUUGUAUUAUUCUUUAAUACAACAUUUCUGUAAGCUUACAUAUACUGUGGAGGAUAUAUGGCAAGUUAAAAGGGGAUUUUUUUAAUUGUGUGUUUUGAUUUCUAACUCCUCAUUAUCACUGUUUUGCUUAUAUGCAAGUCUUUGAAACUUAUCUAAUUUACCUGAUUUAUCCCCAAAAGUAAUGUAUUUUACUACCCUUUUGAAGCUUCUUACUCUUUAUUUCCCCUUAAUUUCGGUAGUCUUUACUAUGCAAUGUAAGAUAAUCCCUUUUAUUGAACAGCUAUAGAUCAUGUUACUGAAAACUACAGUCUUCUCCCUAAAUUCUCAGUUACAGACUUAUGUACAGUGAAGUGAUUACUUCAUUUUCUCAAUAUUCUUCUGAAUUCUUGUUUUAAUGUAGCCAGCAUGUUAAUCAUUUUAAAGUAUGGCCAUACAUUCUUAGAGUAAAGCUUAAAAUUAAUAACCUAAAUAUUUAUUCCACAGAUCACAUGUAAAUUUCAUAUGAAGUUGGUCUGUUUAUGUUAAAAGGUUCCUAUUCACUGACUUUUAGAUUUUAGAUCUCCCAUUAUAUGUAUCUUAAAAUAUUGGUAUUUUAUUAUACAGCAGCUUCAGUUUUUCACUUGCUGCAUUUUACUCCCAUCCACUUAUUUUUUUAUUACUCUUUAUCCUUCAUCCCACCUUAAAAUUUUUUAUUCUCUAAGCUUUAUUUCUUUAUCUCAAGCUUUUUCAUUUAUUAUCAUGUAUGUACAAUUAUGAUAGGUUUGGUAAACAAAAAGUCCAAUCUUAAGUAGGUUUUCUUUGUGUAUUUGCUUGAAAAUACAGAACACUUAAGAAAUUGUAUUUUAAACAGGUAUAAAAUACAAAAACUAUGCAGGAAGGAUCUUAUUAAAUUUUGCCUGUGCUAGAAUAUUGUUAUUCUUUAUAUCCUGUAGUGAUGGUUUUAAGAUGCUGUAGUAUUUUAGUUACUUCGGUUGGACUGGUGUACUAUUACAGGUUGUUACCUACAUGAUAAAUUUAGCUAAUUGCAAAUGAAGUAUUUCUCCCUUAAUAAAGAUCUGGAAAUGUAAAACUGUACUUAGUUAAUGUUUUGUGUUCGUAAAAUUUAUGGUCAUAUGUUAGUAUUUUACUCGAACAUUCAUGUAACUCCCAAUAGUUCUCAAAUGCUUCAGGGGCACUGAUGCUAGUAUUUAUAUUAAGGAAACUUCUUUUAAUUGCCACCUUUCUGGAUAAAGUUGAUUUAAUUAUUUUACAUUUAAUUUUUCUAAAAUACUGUAUUAAAUGAUAUCGCAUGCUUGGUUUCCCUAAAUAACUUAAUCGCAAAUUGGAAAGGAAGUUCCAUGCCUCUUCUUUCUUUUCUUCUGCUACUCGUGGACCCCUGCCAUCUUUGAAUUACCUAGUUGUGUACACAGCAAAUUAUAAGAUUUUAAAAAUUUCUGGCAAAGUACGUUGCACAUGUAAGGAAUCCCAUAUACGUACGUAUUCACUUCAUCAGUUUUGUAUCCUUUCCUAAGAAUUUUUUUUUUUUUUUUUUAGAUUUUACAUUUGGUAAUGAUCAAUUGAAGCUAUUUAAGCAAGAAUUUAAGUUAUUACAGUAUAGAGGUUGUGUAUAAUUUUGAGUGAUGCAAAAUGAAGCUAAAGAAGUUCUAACAGCUUAGAUAGCAUAUUUAGUUACAUAUUAGUUUAAGAAAACAUUGCUGUAUCUUAUCUAACAGAAGCACUAAAUAUUGUUUCUGUAGUAAUAUUAAAAUUUACUUUUUACAUUUUAGUAUUUGUUCAUAUUUCAGUAAUAAAAAUAGUACACAUUCGGAUGUCACUUAGCAUGUCCAUUAUGUAAGAAUAGAAAUUCCAUUUAUCACUAAUUAUGAAUGGGUAUUCAAGAAUAAUAGGAACAACUAUACUCUGUUUUUUUCCUUUCUGUCCAUCCACCUGUGGUGUUUUCGCAUGGUAACACUGCGUCCCGGGCUUUAAAUAGUUACGCUAUGUGUAAGUUUUAGGUAAAUAAAAGGAUAUCUGGGAGUACAUUUGCAACUGAAAAGUGUUUUAAUAAUUUACUGUAUGCGAAUUACACCGUUAAUAUUCGAAACAGGAUAUUAUUUAAAGCCCGGGACGCAGUGUUACCAUGCGCAAACACCACAGGCGGAUGGACAGAUGAAAAAAAAAAAACCCAGAGUAUAGUGAAUAUUCAAAGUCCUUUUUCAAGUCUGAUUCUGUCACUAAACUCUUCCUACAACUUUGUUUUUAAUCUGUUCUGUCAUAUAUGUAGUGGUGUUGGUAACUGAUAGCUGUAGAAAUGAACUUAACAUACAAGAGAAGUCAUUUUGAUUUAUAUAAACAUACAAGAAAGGUCUUCAUUUUGAAUAAUAUACAAUGUACAGUAUGUACUGAUACCACAAUCUCUUGCUUUUUUAAGUAGUUUCAGUACAUAAUAAAGCUAGCUCCUUUGGUUAUUGCUAAAUAUUUUGUUUUCUGUAAACUUGGCUUCACCCUUUUAAAUUACCUACAAGUUUUCCAUUUAUAGUUUUGUUAACACACAUGUGAGUGAAUAUUUUAAUUUUCAAUCAUUAGUUCCUUAUACCAUUCUUUGAAGCAUAUUUUGGCUUUUUGAUGGUCGAUACAUUUUUUCUUACUUCAGUAGUGUCAGCAAAUUAUAAAAUUUUAAACAUUUUGUAUUUUUUAUUUUCUUUAUAUACUCUAAACAAAAUUUUUUCCAAGGCAUUUCUUGGUUGACAGGUAUACAGUAACUAGACACCCUUAAAACACAUGGCCAAAUUAUUAAAGUGUUUCACAAUUAUAAUUUGAAAAUAAUAAAUCCAUGAUCUUCCUUUAAGGGACAAGGGGAUUGUAAUGCCCCAGUCAUCUUUUCAAGUCACUUAUAGUUGUCUCAAGAUCAGUAGUUGAUUGAGUGCUUAGUAUUUGUAAGGUAUCAGACAGCUAUAAAUUAACUUUUUUCUCUUCAAAUAAUCCUGUCUUUGUAUACUUUGGUAAUGGAAAUUUGUAAAGUAAGCCUUGAGCAAGAUUCUGUACAAGAACUAUCAAGUUGAAAGAAAAAAUAGCAUUGUUACAAUGGAAUUUUUCAAAUGCAGGUAGAGGUUACUGUUGUGUAAUUCCAAUGCUACCAUUUCACUUUUGUAUUUUCUGUAAUUCACUUUGCUGUUUGUAUCUUCUGAUGUGGCAUUUAUGAAAGGUUUAAACUUAGGCAAUGAAGUUUUCAUAUCACUCGAGAGACAACUCAGUGUGUUGUAGGGGCUAUAACAAUUAUGUAUUUUCUGGAAUUUCUGCAGUAGUACCUUUUAAUCCCAGUUCUUUUUGCAGUGGUAGUGUAAAAAAACACAGAAAGAUUUCAAAGCAUUUAUGAGUCCUUUGGUAUCUUUGAUCCAAAGGUGGUGAAUUUGAACACUAAUAAGGAUAAUGUUUAGAAAGUGUCAGUUUAACAUUAGAUACCAUUCAGUCUGUACUAAAAUCACUUAUACCAGAGAUGUAAGAUCUUUUUCUCACAAUGUUAUGUAACGGACAGUGCUGAUAAUUCAUAAGACCUCUGUUCUGCUUAAAGUGACUAGCAUUCCAACAUAUUUGCCUUAUAAGUUCAAACUUUGAUUUAUAUGCACUCAGGAUUGUAAUAUGACUGUAAUUCUAGCUCAUGUUCUAGUGAGCAAUAUAAUGGUAGUAGAUGGAAGAGCAGGAUAUAUGGCCAGAAUACCAGUGCCAUAUGUUGAAAGUUUAGAAUCUUCCUGGGGUUCCCUCCUUUACAAUAAAGGAGAUUGUGAGCUGUGAUAUAUAUCUUUGUUUUCUUCCAUUAUGAGACUGUAAGGGAUGGUGCUACAUCAUAGCAUUUUGUCAAAGGAAAUCAAAACUUGGACCACAAAUUUGUAGUUUAGAGACAGUUCUGAUAGAUUAGUUAACUUUAUGAUUACCUCCAUGAAGUAGCAUGCUAUAUAAAUCUCUUCCAACAAGUGUAGGUUAAUAUUGUAAAAUUUUAUGAUAUGGAAAAAUGAGCAGAAACUACUGUACAGUCCAGGGCUAUUUAGUAAGCUAAUAUAUAUUCUGCUCAACUCAAGGGAUAUGUUUCCAAUGAGUUUGAAAUGUUUGUUGUUGGGCCUGUGGCAAAGUAGUACAGCAGAAAACAGAUCUUGUAUAAAUAUAUUUGUAAUUUUGUUUAUAAUUUGCUGAAAAUUUUCAUUCAACACAACUUCUUGUCUCAAGUACUUAGUGUUGUGAAGUUUUAUCAAACGUCUGUGUUCUUUAAAAUGUCAACAUAGCACUUUAAGACGCACAUUAUUUUUAUAGUGAUUUCUUAAGCUCUACCAGAAAUAAAAGCAGAUAAACUAUACUGUUGCCUUUUCAAAUAUAAAUAGCGACAUAAGUACUUCAUGCUUUGCCAUUAUAAUUCCUGAAUACUGAAGAUGAUUUAUAAUGCCUUUGAUCUGACUUUUACAAAAAAAACUUGUGUUAGAAACCUUCAUGUGGUCUACUUUUGAGUAAUACUUUUUAAUUGUAAGACAUUAGUAUAUUAUUUUUCUUUGUAAAUCUUUGUGUAGUUGAAAAUUUAGAAGCAUUUAUACUGCUAGAUAGAGUACAUUAUAGUGACUCAGUUGUUUGUGAUUAUUGCAUUAGUUAAUAUAUUAAGCAUUAGUUAAUGUAUUAAUAUAUUAAAGGGAACUUUUAAAGCAGUAUCAAAUUCAAAUGUCAUUGUAGCCAAUACAACUGUUAAAUGUAA